ACUCUUCACUCUGCAGUCGGUUACAGGACAAAACAAAGUUUCGACGAAAGUUGGACGCAAGUUUGUGCACUUUUUGCGAACAAUUUUCACUGCCCUAUCCAUGCCAAAUCAUUAACAUGAGAAGCAAAUCGAGAUUUAAUAAUCGCUGUGCAGUUUUUAUUUGCACCCCGUGAAGCUGCGGCAACAAUCGCUUCCAAAAGCAGUGCGCUCUGAAAAUGGAAAUGGCGACCCCAGACGGUUACCAAGAUGUGGACAUGUCCUGGAUGAGGGACCAUUUCUUGCAAACCUCAGAGUCUGGCAACAAAAUGCUGAUUGCUGCUGCUCCAGAGCAAAUUCAUCAGUACCCUGCAGCUCAAGUUUAUACCUCUGGACUGUAUGUGCCGCCGAUUCCACCUAACUAUGAAAUGGACGAUGAUCAAAAUAUGAUUUGAACAUGCUAUCAAUGUGUAGAUACAUAAAUACAUUAGGUAUGGUCCAAAGCUUAGAUUUCAUCCUCCAUUAGUCCAUUAUCUUAAGCCAUUAUGAGCUCUGUCCAAGAAACGCGGAACCAUGAAUUGUUGAGUAAGAAAGGUGGAGAUGAAGAGGAGAUUUUUGUCGCCAUUCUAGGCCAUCGGCGGCUACAUUCCGGUAAUGUUUUCUGGUGAGGAGGAUUACGAAAAUUACUCGGCCGAGCAUCCAUCCUGCAAGAUGAACACCUCAACUACCUCAACUCAAACCUUUGUGCCAGCCAAGAAAAUCAAACCUGUCAAGCACCCAGGCUUGAAACUCAAGACUCCUAUCGCUUACCAAAAAGACUCGGAUCUCAGUGUCAUCCCCAUUGUCAAAGAAGGAAUGGCUGUCUGUGAAAAGUGUGGUGCCAUUGGUGUAAAGCACGCUUUUUACACUCGAGAAAGAAGGUUCUGCAGCUUAGAGUGUGCCAGAGGCGAGCAGAAAGUUCAGCCAGAGGAACCUGAGACAACCAUGAGGGAAGAGGAAAUUAGUCAAGAGGAAUACGUCGACAUGGAAAUGUUGGCAAAGCGAAUUCCAAAGGAACCCGCAGCCCCCACACCACCCCCACCACCUCCUCCGCCCUCGAAGCCCCAGCCUCUGGUUUCGAAUCAAGGGAAUUUGCCCCCGUUGCUGUCACACUUGCCACUGGAAGACCCACCCUUGCCAAUAAAAAGGAAGGGCCCAGAAUUGGCAAACACGUAUGAGUGGAAAAGGCAGUUAGAAGCGCAAGAUUUUGCUGCAGCACCUGUUACUUGCUUUAAGCAUACGCCGUUAUCUGAUUUGUGGGACAACAUAGUUGUUGGCAUGAAGGUAGAAGUUGAAAACACUGAUUGUGAAAACUUCUCCGAGGGUGUUCCAGCAUCAUUCUGGGUAGCUACUGUUCUCAGGAUAGCAGGCUACAAAGCUCUGUUGCGUUAUGAGGGAUUUGGGCCAGAUCCAAUCAAGGAUUUUUGGGUAAAUCUUUGCGCAGCAACUGUACACCCAGUAGGUUGGUGUGCUGGCAGAGGGAAACCGCUAAUUCCUCCAAAAACAAUCCAGAACAAGUUCAAGGACUGGAAGCAGUUCUUAGUGAAGCGACUUACUGGUGCAAGGACACUGCCCACCAAUUUCAUUAUCAAAAUUUACGAUAGCCUUAAAUCUAGAUUUACUUGUGGCCUUACAUUAGAGGUAGUCGAUGGCAGUCGUAUAUCCCAGGUUAAAGUUGCAACCAUUUCAAAGAUUGUUGGCAAACGUUUGCACAUAAAAUAUUAUGACGAUGAGCAUGGCUCUGGGUUUUGGUGUCAUGAAGACUCGCCUUUAAUUCAUCCGGUCGGGUGGGCUCUCAAAACAGGCCACAACUUGGAUGCAGACCCAGAGUACAUUUCUCGUUGCCAAGCAGGAGUAUACUUAGACAACGAUGCUGGACCUGAAUUAUUUGCUCAGCUGAAGCCAUUCUUUCAAGACCCAGAUGAUGGAGAUACACACAUACAACCCGGCAUGAAGUUGGAAGCUAUCGACCCUCUAAAUCUUUCUGCCAUUUGUGUUGCUACAGUCAUGAGAGUAUUGAAUGAUGGCUACAUCAUGAUCAGAAUUGACAGCUACGAUCCUGAUACAACAGGAGCAGACUGGUUCUGCUACCACUCGACAUCGCCAUACAUUUUCCCAGCUGGCUUUUGCGAAAUGAAUUCAAUUCCUCUGACACCUCCGCAGGGCUAUGCUGAGGACUUUGACUGGGACUUCUAUUUAAAAAAGACUGGAGCUAUAGCCGUGCCUUUAACUUUGUUCAACUGUGUUGACAUGGAGACACCACCGCACUCUUUUAUUAUGGGUAUGAAACUAGAGUGUGCGGACUUGAUGGACCCGAGGAUGAUAUGUGUUGGUACAAUAUCACGGGUUGUUGGCCGGCUGCUCAAAAUUCACUUUGACGGAUGGGAGGAUGAAUAUGACCAGUGGUUGGAUUGUGAAAGUCCGGACAUGUAUCCCGUAGGUUGGUGCGAGCUUGUCGGACACAAGCUUGAAGGACCAAGACCAUCAGGUGGGCUCUGGCAGCAGCAAGCUUUGUCAGAUGCUUCAGAGCACCCUUCCAUCAACCCAGCGUCAGCUGAUUUAUCUUCGGUCAAGAAAAUCAGUCCCAAGAGAGGAAGGGGAAGGAAACCGAAACAAAAGAAGUUAAAAAUUGCUCUAAUAAAGAAACCGACUCUUAAAGAGUCACCACCCAGCAAGAAGUCUAAACUAAAUGAAGUUGGUGGACCCGCUGAGAGUCCUAAAGAUGCCAGUCAAUCGCCAUCAUAUUGGGAGCCAGAAAUGGCAGAAGAACCCGCUGGUCCCGAUCAGUCAUUACCAUGCUCAGAAGACGACACGUUUCAUGUGAGUGAAUCUGGGAAAUUCAUUCCAAGAUUAAUAGAUUCAUCAAUUAAUUUGGAGACCAAGGACUUGGAUCCUCUAAGUUGGGGUCCAAAUGAUGUUGAAACAUUUUUAUUUUUAAACGAUUGCGAAGCAUAUGGAACUGCAUUCAAGCAUCAGAAAAUCGAUGGAAGCAGACUUCUGAAACUCAGUCAAGAUGAAAUUAUGGGUUUGACUGGCCUGAAGGUUGGACCAUCCUUGAAAAUACACGAACUUAUACAACAACUGAAGAAAAAAGUAAACCCUACGCAAGAAAGACAUAAAGCUGCCCUCCGCAAGUUCCAGAGUUAGUGUACUACAAACUGGAAGAAACUAGUGGAUCUAGUGUUUUGUCUACAAUAUUAUUUAUUGCACGGACGCAUUACAUGUUGGAAGACCCUGUUCCAAAUAAUGGAAUUCAAUUGUGCCUCUUUAAAUUUUUAGACAUGCCUAAAACUAAAAUUUUAAUUAUUAUUUUUUUCGUUUCAAUCUAAGGUGACAUUAAAAUUUCUCACCUAAUAAUGACUUCCAAAGUGUGAUAAUUAUACAUUUACUACAGAAGCAAGCAUCACCAAGAAUGUAGUUACCCUAUCAUGUCCAGGCAUUUUUUUAUUUUUAUUUUAAAACAUGGCAAUACUUGCAAGGUUAGUCUUAUGCACAUAAAGCAGGCCUAUAAAUUUAAACUUUUGCAUUUUAUAUAACUAUUUUGCUUGCUCAAAUUUUUGAAUUUAUUGUGAAUUUUUUGUUUUCAAAUCUGCAAUGUGUGUGUUCUCUUUUGUAAAAUUAAAAUGUCAAUAAUCAGUUAUUUUGAUAUAAUAUUCAGUUGCUUUUCAU